AUGGUGGAGGCUAUGAGUGAUGGGGAGAGCGAUGACGGCAAGCGAGCGUCGAAAAAGCGCAAGGCUAGUCGGGCUUGCGACCGCUGCAACUCUCAACAUCAGCCAUGCGAUAAUGCCGCCCCGAAGUGCAGCGUUUGUGUGCGCGCAGGCACAGAUUGUACUUACAACAGACCCGUGCGAAAAAGAGGUCCUCGUAGUGGGUACACCGGCCAGAAUGGCGAACGUCUGUGGGCCAUAGUCCUUCAGGCACGGCCCGAACUCGAGGAUGUCGUUUUACAGGUCCUGCGCGGCGGUACGUAUGGAGGUACUGGUGUUCCUAAUUUGGACUAUUAUAAGAACAACGACAACCAGGCGGAAUUGGUUAAUAGAUUCAACGAGAGUCGACUCGGUAGAUUUCUACAGAAUGGAGAAUCCCCUGACCUGUUUUUACCUCCUCUGGACCGACGCGUCUCACCGACCAUCUCUAAAGUGCGCAAUGAGAUGGGUUUUACUCAAUCCUCAAAUUCUCAUCGUCAGCCUGACAUGACCAGGGAUAUUCCUGGCCUGUCUAAUAGAUCGGUCUCGUCUGUUUCAGGCCCUCAGCCCAGUUCAACAAACCCUCAUGGCGCCCCUCAAGAUCCUGGCGACAUUUAUAUUCAGAGCCAGGAUAUUCGAAAACGGGCUUUCCACCCUAAUCAAAACCAGAUACACAGUUAUAAUAUAGGCUUUUCUGAAGAUGGACCUCAGAAUUUCAACUUAGAUCGCGCACCGUCAGUUUUGGCACCUCAAGAUUCUACACCUUUUGGAUCGAAUGGCUCCACUGAUGAAUACGGAGAGAACUCGCGGCAUACGAGCGAGCGUUUAGUACCGGAGAGGCAAACGAGUGUUAACAUGGCAAUGGGUCUUUCUCAACAUUCACAAUCUAUUGAAUCAAGCAAUCCGCUCCCUAUAACACAGCAAACCGAUGAACUCCACUUAGAUGAGACUUCUCGAUGGCUCGACUCAACACCAUUCGACACAUUACGAAAUCUAGGGUUUGCCCCUGGGGAGAGCAUGGCAGAAGAUUUCCUCGAGCUAUGCGAGAACCCCGACCCUGUCGAUCAUACACCAGCCACCUCAGCCGACCAAGAUGAAGACGAAGAGGCUGUCUGGCGUCGACUAGUAAUGCGGGGGAGAUUCAUAUGA